UGUAAUGGGAAUUGGCGCCAUUUUGAAAAUUGAUUGUGUGUGUAGGCUUUGUCGGUAGAAUGCCAAGUGACAAGAUAUCAGAAGAAAACCUCACAACUGAAGAGUCGCAAACAUUUGAGUGGAGUGGAAAUAAAUACAAAGACUUGGAAGCUCUUUUAGAUAGGACUUUUGUAUACACCAAGUUUGUCAGCGAACGGUUGAAGCAAGGAGUCCUGGACGAAACGUCUGUACAUAACGUACCGGAUCAGGAAACAGGAGAAGAAAGUUCCAAAGAUAAGUAUCAACAAAAUGGAAAAAGAAAACAAAAAUCAAGUGAUAAAGUGGAUGGUGUAAAAAAACUGCGAUCGAUAGUUCGAGAGGCAGAACUGGCUGGUAAAGAGGUUAAUCGAGUUGAAGUACUAAACCCACAAACAAAGCAGCCUGCUCUUGUAACAGGUGGCAUAUUAAGAGACUAUCAGCUGGCUGGGGUUGAGUGGAUCAUUUCUCUUUAUGAAAACGGUCUCAACGGUAUCUUGGCUGACGAAAUGGGUUUAGGAAAGACUGUGCAAGCUAUCGCUUUUCUCUGCCACUUGAAACAAAUGGGAGUUCAUGGACCUUUUCUUAUAGUUGGGCCUCUUUCUGUUUUGAACAACUGGCAGGAAGAGUUUUCUCGUUUUUGCCCUACCGUCGGGACUUUACUGUACCACGGAUCGAAAGAAGAAAGGACGGCUCUUAGAAAGAAGUAUUUUCCUUCUAGCAACUUUUAUGUGCCAGUUAUCAUAACGUCCUACGAAAUGAUCAUGCGAGACAAAAAAUACCUUUCAAAGUUGCAGUGGAAGUAUUUAAUAGUUGAUGAAGGACAUCGCAUAAAGAAUAUGAAUUGUCAGUUGCUUCGAGAGCUGAAAUCUUACUUUUCUUCCAAUAGGCUUCUUAUAACCGGUACACCGUUACAAAAUGAUCUUUCUGAGCUAUGGUCUUUGUUGAACUUUUUGCUUCCAGAAGUGUUUGACAAUCUUGAUUCUUUCAAAUCCUGGUUCGAUUUUGGAGAUGACUUGGAAAAGGGAGCGUUAGAGCUAGAAUAUAGAGAUGCAAUUGUCUCAAAACUUCAUCGGAUUCUUCGCCCUUUUAUUUUAAGAAGAAUGAAGACCGAUGUCAGUAUUGAACUUCCAAAGAAAACUGAGAUUUAUCUUUAUACUUUUCUAAGUGAACGUCAAAAUCAACUUUAUCAGGCUAUCUGCAAUGGGCAACUUUUUAACACUCUCAAGUCAUCCGCGAAUUCUUUCCAGAAACGAUUACAGGGGCUCCAAAAUGUCUUGAUGCAGCUUCGUAAAUGCUGUAAUCAUCCGUAUCUUUUUGAAGAGCCUGAUGAAAAUUUUGAUGAGAAGGGUAAAUUUUGGAAAACCACAGAAGAUCUGGUGACUUGUGUUGGCAAACUGCAGCUUCUGGACAGGUUGUUGCCAAAACUCAAAAAAUAUGGGCACCAAAUUUUGUUGUAUUCACAGAUGACUCGUAUGUUGGAUAUCUUAGAGGACUAUUUAUGUCUUCGAGGUUAUGUUUAUUGUAGAAUAGAUGGUUCAACAUCUUUUGAAGAUCGUCAAGAUAUGAUAAGAUCCUUCAACAGUUCUGACUCAGAUAUUUUCAUCUUUCUGUUAAGUACCCGUGCUGGUGGUCUCGGUAUCAACUUGGUAGCUGCAGACACUGUUAUUUUCUACGACUCAGAUUUUAAUCCACAAGUUGACUUGCAAGCCAUGGAUCGCUGUCACAGAAUUGGUCAGACGAGAGAAGUACAUGUGUAUCGUCUUGUUUCUGCCGGAACCAUUGAAGAAAUUCUAUUGCUCAAGGCCAAUAAUAAACGCAAACUUGAAAAGUUGGUUGUUGCAAGCGGUAAAUUUCGAGAUUUAAAUCUUUUAGAGGAGCUUAGCAGUUGGAGUGGUGAAAAUGAUCCAUCUAGUUGGCUCAGGAGACAAAACCUCGAUGGCUCUAAAACCGUAAAACAUCUUGAAGAGAUUCUCUCAGCUCAACCAGCUGAUAGAGAACUCGGAAAAUGUACUACUAUUUCAGAUGAUGACUUGGAACAACUUGUAGGACAGCGAUCAUGUGAGAAGACCGUUGGAAAUGGAUUUCAAAUAUUCCGUAGUGAUUCAACACUUUAGUUGCUGCUCUAUAAUUUAUAGAUGCUGCU